CAUGUGACUGCCGGGGUUGGUUGUUCGUUUUUUUAAAUCCAGUUUUUUGUCCAUCGAGAGUGAUACUCUAUGUAGGACAUUACUAUCUAGUCUCGGAGCCCUGUGCUCCGUACCCUCCUUCGAAUUCCCAAAUGCCCUGAUGUAGGGCGUACCCCCAUCAGUCCACCGUUCCUGCCGGCCGUCUGGAGAACCUUCACUUGACGGAACGAGCAUAAAAGCGUUCUCAUGUAGCGCGCUCGUCAUCCUUCUGACAAUUCAUGCGCAGGAUUUCGCCGACGUCAGUGGCGAUCGGAAGUCGGGCGACGAACUCUGCCGAUUGUAGCGCCCGAAGCAUCUCGCAUCUAUAUGCUUUGUGUACUUCCGCUACUUUCCUUUGCUCUUACCUCGUUUUGGAGCCUGGGGCCUCUCUGCAGCAUUUUCUUCGUUUCUAUCGGUUUUGGGGUCUACUUUCUCUUUCGCGACGAGAUUUGUGACCAAUCAAACUACCGCCUGUAUAACAUAUGGCUCAUGGGCGUCCAUCUCUUGCCAGCUAAUGGACGUUUUCCUGUAUUGGCAUGGUAAUGCGUUCC